ACACCACACGCACACAAUAUCCCUCAACAUGACGGAAUAAUAAGACUACGGCAAUUAAUCAUGAUUGAUCACCUACAGAGCUGUCUUAAUAAUCAUCCAAAUUGUCGUAGAAUGUUUAAGAAAUGAUUCCGGGGGCUCGCCAGUUUACGACCUAUCACAUUACAAAUGGCCCACGAUGUACUAGUUUGCACAGCAUCGUAAGAAUAUGAGGAUGCGUGCUCAUGCUGUACUUAUGUUUCAUUUGAUUGUGCCUAAACUGUAUAAGGAGGUGUUAAAAUGGUUUAAGUAACAGCCAAUAUAACAAUAUCCAAGAAGUACUCUUUCCUCUGCAAAGAACGAGGCAACGAUUAAUAUUACUGCCCUAAGAUGUCCAAUACUCACACACCAAAAAGACCAGUACAAUGUCCUUUAAGCACAAAAUAUGAUAAUUCUUUACAUUUGAUUUUGCUGUAAUUGUAUGUUAUUAUAAAGUUCAAUUUUAUAAUGCAUUAAAACAAAAACAUCACAAAAAUAUUAGGUGUUUUGGGGGUAAGUGCUAACAGAUUAAUUGCAUUUCCAUUCAUUUCAAUGGGGAAAGAUGAUUUGAGAGACAUGUUAAGAGCUAAGACGAUAGAUCAUUUUUUGCCCUCCUUUUCAGACAUUUACCCAAAGAAGAAAACUGUCUUUUAGCAAUGCUUCUGCAGCCAAAAGAAACUCCAUUACCAUAGAAACGAAGCUCAAGAUCAUAAAAAGAUCUGAGAAAGGAGAGACACCAACACCACCAAGGCUUCAGUCGGUCGACUGUGGUGACAAUUAUUAAAGACAAAGCCCGUAUUUUAGCACAUGUGAAGGGUUCCGUUCCGAUGUCAGAUACAAUGAUCACAAAACAAGGUUCUUUGAUACUUCGCUUAGGUCCUUCGCAAUAGCUAAGCACAGCCUCCCCUUCUUCUCCAUCCACCUCUCGGGAGUAAAGCUAAAGGCACGACUUCCAACUGUUGUCCGUUCAACAAUCAAGGCACUGGUGAAGGUCAUGAACUCCUGGAUGCUGAAGAACAAUGAGAAGACACACAACAUAAGAGGUUGAUCAAAUGCUAUCUGAAUUCAGGCUGCAGAAGGACGAGUUGAAAGAGAUCAUGAGGAGGAUGCAGCGUGAGAUGGAGCGAGGCUUGCGUUUAGAGACGCACGAAGAGGCCAGUGUCAAAAUGCUGCCCACUUACGUUUGCUCCACCCCCGAAGGAUCAGAGGUAGGCGACUUCCUGGCUCUGGACCUGGGGGGCACCAACUUCCGGGUGAUGCUGGUCAAGGUUGGAGCGGAUGAGGAGAGGAGCUGGAAGGUGGAGACCAAGAACCAGAUGUACUCCAUUCCUGAAGACGCCAUGACAGGAACAGCUGAGAUGUUAUUUGACUACAUCGCAGAGUGUAUGUCCAAUUUUUUGGACCAUCACAACAUCAAGCACAAGAAGCUUCCCCUGGGUUUCACGUUCUCCUUCCCAGUGCGUCAUGAGGAUAUCGACAAGGGAAUCCUUCUCAACUGGACCAAAGGUUUCAAGGCUUCUGGGGCUGAGGGGAACAAUGUCGUGGGGUUGCUCAGAGAUGCUAUCAAGAGGCGAGGGGACAUUGAAAUGGACGUUGUCGCCAUGGUGAAUGACACAGUGGCCACCAUGAUUUCAUGCUACUACGAGGACCGCAGCUGUGAAGUGGGCAUGAUUGUUGGUACCGGUUGUAAUGCCUGUUACAUGGAAGAGAUGUGGACGGUGGAGCUGGUGGAAGGCGAGGAGGGCCGCAUGUGCGUUAACACGGAGUGGGGGGCUUUUGGCGAUAACGGCGAGCUGGAGGAGUUCAGGUUGGAGUACGACAGAGUGGUGGACGAGACCUCCAUCAACCCUGGACAGCAGCUCUUUGAGAAGCUGAUCAGCGGCAAGUACAUGGGUGAGCUGGUGAGGCUGGUCAUGAUGAAGCUAGUCAAUGACAAUCUGCUGUUCAACGGCGAGGCCUCAGAGAUGCUAAAAACGCGCGGCAGCUUCGAGACGCGACAUGUCUCGCAGGUGGAAAGUGACUCGGGGGACAGAAAGCAAAUCUACAAUAUUCUGUCGUCGCUGGGCAUGCUACCGUCCGAGCUGGACUGCGACAUCGUGGGUCUGGUAUGCGAGAGCGUCUCUACUCGUUCGGCUCACAUGUGUGCCGCCGGACUUGCCGGUGUCAUCAACCUGAUGAAGGAGCGACGCGGCCUGGAGGCCCUCAAAAUCACCGUGGGGGUGGACGGCUCCGUUUACAAGCUCCACCCGUGUUUUCGUGACAGGUUUCACAAAGUAGUCAGAGAGCUGACGCCACACUGCGAGAUCACAUUCAUCCAGUCAGAGGAGGGAAGCGGCCGUGGGGCGGCUCUUAUCUCGGCGGUGGCCUGCAAGAUGGCGGCCUGCUUGCUGACGCAGUGAGAGGUGAACCUGGGAGGACCGUUCAAGUUUGACUGUUGAUUACCGUACAUGAAAUCAUCUCAAAAGAUGUUUGCUGCACACAUAUUUUUUCUGUUGGGAGCACUGCAAGACUGCAACAAGGAGGUACAGUACAUUGGAUUUCGGUCAUGGUGAACUGUCAAUUGGUUUAAAAAAAAUCCUAGUUGAGGUUUACUCUCAAAUUAAACAUUAAAAAGAAUUACACGGCUAUUUCAAACAAUCACACAGCUUUGUUUUCGAUAAGUCUGUUUAGCUUAAUGCUCAUAAACAACGCACAAUGCCGUUGACGGGAUGAGGAAUACCAUCUGUGUCGCGGUGUUAUCCUUUAAGCAACACAUGUAGACACAAAGAUGUAUUCUUUAUCCUCUGCGAAGAAUGACUAAUAUUACUACAGUCUACUGAGGAGCUGUAACAUCCGUAUGUCUGUUACACAGCCCCCAAGUGGUCACGUACUGUGCACCACAACUUCCAUUAAAUAUUUCGUGAAAUAUUUACGUGCUGUUUAAUUAUGUCAUUACUGUAUGUUUUUGUCGUGUACAACAUUACAGAGCGCUAUUUUCGUAUUGAAAAACACAAACGUGUUGUUUUUACUGGAGUUUUUUUUGCAACCAUCAGUGUUAGGGAGGCAUCUAAAUAAUUUUUCUACUUCUGCAGCUGGUAUUCAGGAUUUUAUGUGAUGUAUAUUGUAUUCUUUUUUUGUACAUGUCAUGAAACUGUAUGACUGAAUUGAAUGUGUUGCGUUAUUAUGCUGUAGCGUUAUUAUUUUUUUGUGGUUUCUGUUAUCUGUCUGUUUGGCCUUUAACAUCAUGAUACAAAAGAAUUCUCUAUAAUGUUUUAGACAAUUGUAGUCUUCGGAGUACUGGGAAAUUAUAUAAGGCAUAUAGAGGCAAUACAGGUGCCUCUCACUCAGUAUUGUGGAAAAUUAAUUUAUUUCAGUCCUGUAGUUCAGUUCAAAAAUUGAAAUUCAAGUAUUAUGUAAGUUGAUUAAACACAGUGUAACAUAUCGUGAUUUUAUUGUAGAUUACAGCCAACGAAAAUCGCAAAUUCAGAUAACAAGAAAUUCAUAGUACAUAUGAAACAAUCAACAUAUUGAAAUUCGGUAGGAAUGUACCUUCUGAAAAAGUAUUUUCCUAUAUAUUUUAGGAAUGCUGUAUGUUUUACAGAUGAGUUUCAUUUUUCAAUUGAACAACCUAAAUAAAUUAAUUUUUCUAUGA